AUGGAAACAAAAUCUGCUGCGGCGGUGAUGCAAAUGGUGGGAACGGGAGAGGGGAAGCUGACGGAGGAGGGUGGAAUGGGCUGUGGAUUGAGAGGAGGUGGGCUGUAUAGGGGAAAUGGAGAGCAUGGUGGCAGCUUGUGCAGAAAUGGAGGCGGAAGGGGCAAUGAGCUAUUAACAAAAUUAGGACAUGGGUUCUCAGCUACCAAAUUUGGCCAUUAUAAAAGUUUGGGACCGUUGUUACCUACAAAAACGAGGACAGAUGUACUUGUCAUUGAUGUAACUCCCUUGAGUCUGGGGCUCGAGACCGUUGGUGGAGUUAUGAGAAAAUUGAUUCCAAGAAACAGUGGCAUCCCAAUCAAGAAGUCUCAGGUCUUCACAACUUAUCAAGACCAGCAAACUACAGUUUCAAUCAAGGUUUAUCAAGGUGGAAGGAGCCUAACGAAAGAUUGUCACGAGCUAGGAAAAUUCGACUUGUCUGGUAUUCCUCCUGCUCCUAGGGGCGUGCCCCAAAUUGAGGUCACAUUUGGGGUGGACGCGAAUGGUAUCUUACAGGUGACUGCCAUGGACAAGGCAGCAAAGAAGUCGAACUCAAUUACCAUCACGAACGAGAAAGGGCGUCUAACGGCGGAGGAAAUUGAUAGGAUGGUAAAGGAGGCAGAAGAGUUUGCAGGUGACGACAAGGAGCAGAGAGAGAAGAUUGAUUCUAGAAACAAACUCGAGAGCUACAUUUACAACACGAAGAGCUCCAUCAGGGAUGAUGAGAAGCUCGCGGGCAAAAUUGAUUCUGAUGACAAAGAGAGCAUUGAGACAGCCCUGAAGGAUGCACUUGAAUGGUUGGAUGACAACCAAAAUGUAGAGAAGUUAGACUAUGAUGAGAAGAUGGCAGGGUUAGAAGCUGCAUUCAAUCCUAUCAUAAGGAAGGCAAAUGAAAGCAGUGCUGGAAGCUCUGCUGAUCCAGAAGAUGAAUCUAACUAUGAAUUGUAAUCCGCUUAUCCUGAAGACGAAUCUGACUAUGAAUUGCGAAGUGGAGUUUAGGAGUUGGAAAUAUUUAGGCUAUCACAAGCUUUUCUAACAUUGUUUUAUAUUCUUCUGAAGCCAUACUAGAUCAGUGUCAGUGAUAUAAAGUUACA